UGGAUUUUAUUUAGCAAAGAAUUGUAUUUGUAGUUGCAAAUAGAAGCGCCUGCGAGAAAAUAUCUCUAAGCAUCUCACCGUCCAAAAAAAGAAAAGAACAAAGAAAUCGACUUUUUAAUCGCAUAUUAUCUCUUCCUGUUUUCGACGUUGCUCGCGUGAACUGUUAGGUCAAAUCCAAUCCAUCUGAGAUCGUGGCCAUGGCGCCGCCUGCAACUGCCGGAGCUGCCGGCGGAGGAGGAGUCGUAGGUGAAGCGAGGCAGCCGCAGCCGCAGCAGCAGCAGGGUUUCGGGCAGACCGUAACCGGAGUUAUUAGAAUAGCGGUGUUUUGGUACUUUGCCUCCAAAUUCUUCGCUCCCAAGAAUAAGCCUCUGGAGCCUUCUCUCCAGAUCUCUAAUCUCAUCCAAAAGGGUGAACCCUUGGAUAUGUGGUUUUAUCUCUCAGAACAUGAAAAGUUCAAUGACUUUGGUAGCGAAGGUGCACUUGUUUGGCAUGAGACAAAUAUACCUUAUGCUGUUUGGGGACCAGAGAGUACCAGGUCUUUGUCUCUCAAGUACUAUCCAUCUGAGGCUUUGAAGCAGAACGGCAGUCUUUAUGCUCACAUUUUCUUUGCUCGUUCUGGUUACCCACCGGACCCUAAUGAUCCCGAGUAUCAGCCAUUGGCUGCAUUUGGGAGGACGCACUCUGUUGUGACCUACCUGCCCAAGUCAAAAGCAGAUAAACGGAAGAGCUUGUUGGGAGAUUCCAAAGGGUCUAGCGAGGGUGCAAUGGUGUCUGAGGUGGAAGUUGAAGCUCCUACAGAUGAUACCCAUGUGGAAUGGGUGUCUUAUUGGAAACCAAACAUUACUGUGAAUUUGGUUGAUGAUUUUACAAGAUAUCCGAAAAAUGCUGUUCCGCCCAAUAUCGAUCCUUACUUGAAUAUUGAACUAAAAACUGGGAAUUACUAUCCAACCAUAUUCUUCAAUGAGUUUUGGUUACUUAGAGAUAAGUUAAUAAUGAUAAAUGACACAAUAAAGGAAUUGUCGCUGAAUCUCGAGGUGGGUCCGAUAAGUAUGACGAAGUGGCAGCUAUUCCAGCAAAUUGAUCAAUCAUUCCAGAUCCACCGUAGUUACGGGAGCAUGCUUGAAGGUGAGGCUGACGAGCUCAAGAGAGUAUUCUUGGAAGGGAAUCCGUACCUUCUAGUGAUUACAAUGGUUGUCUCAAUAUUUCAUUCCAUAUUUGACUUCUUGGCAUUUAAGAAUGAUAUUCAGUUUUGGAACAAAAAUAAAUCAAUGGAAGGACUUUCUGCGAAGUCAGUUGUCGUGAGCUUUAUAUGUCAGUUCAUUGUCUUUCUCUACCUACUUGACAAUGAUACUUCAUGGAUGAUACUUGCAAGUUCUGGUGUUGGUUGUUGCAUUGAGUUUUGGAAAAUUGGGAAAGCCAUGCACAUUGAGAUUGAUAGGUCUGGGAAGGUACCUAUGUUGAGAUUCAGAGAUCGUGAGUCAUAUGCGGGUAACAAGACAAAGGAGUAUGAUGAUCUUGCGAUGAAGUAUUUGUCUUAUGUGCUAUUCUUUCUGGUUGCAUGCUCCUCUGUUUAUUCUCUCAUGUACGAACGCCACAAGAGCUGGUACUCGUGGAUUCUCUCUUCGCUUACAAGCUGUGUUUACAUGUUUGGUUUUUCAAUGAUGUGCCCUCAAUUGUUCAUCAACUAUAAGCUGAAGUCUGUGGCCCAUCUACCCUGGAGGCAGAUGACCUACAAGUUUCUUAAUACCAUUAUUGAUGAUCUCUUUGCCUUCGUCAUAAAAAUGCCGACAUUGCAUAGGCUUUCUGUCUUCCGUGAUGAUGUUAUCUUUCUCAUAUAUGUGUACCAGAGGUGGAUUUAUCCAGUCGACAAGAAACGGGUAAAUGAAUUCGGUUUUGCUGGUGAAGAUGGAAAUCAGGCUGCUCCUGGUCUGGAAGUAAUAAAGGAAGAAGAAAAGAAAACUAACUGAGGUAGUUUCAUGUGAAUCCUUUCACAUUGCGUUAUUAUAGCAUAAACUGUAAGAUUCGUGAACAAGGAGAAAAGUCUCACAUUUUCCUUUUAUUGCAGCAAAGAAUGUAAAAUUCAGUUUUGCAUUUUCCUUUCUUGGAUGAAUUUAGGGCUAAGCAGGAAAACAUUUUGAUAGGUCUUUAUAGUUUCUUUUAUUUUUAUUGGCUUAUUGUUUGCUUAUUUAAGGCUUGCAGAUUGGACUAUAUUGAUUCA